GCCGCGGGGGUGCGGCCGCCGGCAGCCAGGCGGGGAACUCUCCAAGGGGCGCCCAAGCGCCCGAGGUCUGGAAGGCACAGAGGCAGAGUGGCCGUGGCCGUGGGGCAGACCAGCCCGGGAGCCAGAUGAGCAGAGAGGUCUGUGUGCACUCCUGGCCUUGCUCCUACUACUUAGAACCGGAGAAGCGAUGGGUUCCUGGAAAGCUUUCGUUAAGUUCUCACUCCCUGAGAUCUGCAACUGAUAAAACCGGGGAGGCCCUGGUCAGCUUCCCCCUGUCUAGUGUGAUUGAGAUCAAGAAGGAGGCUUCUCACUUUGUCUUCAGUUCUAUCACCGUCCUGGAGAAGGACCACCUCAAGCACUGGUUCAGCUCCUUGCAGCCCAGUCGGAAUGCAGUCUUCAGCAUCAUCGAGCAUUUCUGGAGAGAGCUGCUGCUGUCUCCGUCGGAAGCACCGCUCCCUGUGACCAAGGGGAAGCAGCUGACUGGUCUGAUGGCCUGUUCCCAGAAUCGCCUGGAAGAGACAGCCCAAGUCCUCCACCAUCAGGGCAAGCAGCUGGAUAGCAUCACCAAGGGCCUGGACAAGAUGGAAUCUGACCUGGACGUGGCUGACAGGUUGCCGACGGAGCUGGAGUCCCCUUCUUGGUGGCCCUUUAGCUCCAAGCUUUGGAAGAUGCCAGCAGAAACAAAGCCCAAGGGGGGCACCUCAACGGCUAGUCCCAAAGCUCUUGGAAAAGAAGGGGUAGUGGUCCGAAUUCCUGCUGUUAUCUCCCAGGGAACAGCAUCUCAUGUUAAAGCAGGAAGUCUCACCAUCCUUGUGUCCGGGUUGGAAAUCCAUGACUCGAGUUCUUUGCUCAUGCAUAGAUUUGAAAGAGAAGAUAUAGACGACAUUAAGGUUCACACACCUUAUGAAAUUAGCAUCCGCCAACGGUUCAUCGGGAAGCCAGACAUAGCUUAUCACCUGAUAUCCGCCAAGAUGCCCGAGGCUGUCCCCAUUUUGGAGGUGCAGUUCAGCAAGAAGAUGGAGUUGUUAGAAGGUGGCUUGACACCCGGAAGUGCCAGCACGUCUUCCCCAGCAGAGAAGGGCUGCUAUGACUGGCAGGUUCAGCCCGACACAAACACCAUGCCCAUGGGUCAGAGGAGUGAGCUCUGGAAGCUGGAGGAAGACCCAGGCCCGGCCCAGGGCCUGAUGGAGGCACAGCUGUUGGGGGCUGGGGAGGAGAAGGUCCCCCGCACCCCCUCCUCCUUCUCCACCUUGGCCUCCUCCCAGUCCGCCGCCCCAUCGGGCUCCUGCUCUGCCCUGUUUCUGGUCCCCUCGGAGGAGGGGUCUGCUGCUGGGUUCCAGAGUCGUCCCCAGAGCUCUCUGAGUGCCUGCCCCUCCCCCACUGCCCAAGCAGCCACUGCCUGCAGCCAGCCUGACCAGGGCUCCAGCAGGUCCGAUGAGGAGGGUGCCAUCCCCCGCGAGGAGCCUGAAGAAGCCCAGCCGGGGCUCCAAAACCUACUCCAGGGGAAGCUGGCCGAGCUGGUGGAGUUCCUGCUCCUCAAGUAUCACAUCAAGGAGCCGACCAGCCAGGCAGAGAUGCUGGAGAUCGUCAGCCAGGAUGCCCUGGAUGCCUUCCUUGUGAUCUUGGGCCAGGCCUCCGAGUGCUUGCAGCUGGUCUUUGGUAUGGAUGUGAAGGAAGUGGACCCCAGCGACCACUCCUACAUUCUGGUCUCCAUCCUGGGCCUCACCUAUGAUGGGAUGCUGAGCGGUGAGCAUGGAGUGCCCAAGACUGGCCUCCUGGUGGUGCUCCUGGGGGUGAGUCUCCUGCAUGGUGACUGUGCCCCCGAGGAGGAGGUGUGGGAAAUGCUAGGGGUCAUGGGGGUGUAUGCCGGCCAGGAGCACGUCAUCUACAGGGAGCCGAGGGAGCUCCUCACCAAGGUCUGGGUGCAGGAAGGGUACGUGGAGUACUGGCAGGUGCCCGGCAGACCUUCCUGCUAUGAGGUCCCGUGGGGUUCCAGGGCCCAUGCCGAAACCAGCAAGUUGCAAAUGCUGGAGUAUUUGCUCCAGGUCUGGCGCGGUCAGCUGGCUUCCUCCCUGGCCCUGUCUGAAGGGGCUGUGAGAGAUUAGGGAGAGGGGGCCUGAGCCCUGGGGUCCGCCAGGCCCUUUCCAGGCUGUGCUGGGUUCGGCAGCCUCUCCUGCGGGGUGCUGGGCAUGAAGUGAGGCCACUUGCUGGUUCUUCCCUGUGUGUGUGUUUGUGUGUGCCCGUGAAGACAGAGCCCUGGGCGUUUUAAGGAGUGCAGGGCCAGGGAGGGUUGGGAGAAGAAAGCAGGGCAAGGAGCCUCCUGGGGGUGGGGGGGGGGUUGUUUCCUGGGAUGACUCCCACAUCCAGAGCUUGGUGUCCUUGAGGAAGCUCUCCUGUGGGAUUCCUUGCCAUAGAAGGUUUCAGCUGCUUCAGGGGCUGAUUGUGUGAGUACCAUCCACUCUGCAGCAUUUGUUCUUACCCAGUCCAAGAAUUAAGAGUUGUAUCAUGUUCAUGAGGUUCCUGGGUCCUCUGUUGGUUAAGCGUCUGCCAUCGGCUCAGGUCAGGAUCUCAGGAUCCUGGGAUCACACCCCACAUGGGUCUCCCCGCUCAGUGGAGACUCUGCUUCUCUCUCUUCCCUGUGUGUGCUUUUUCUUUCUCAAAUAAAUAAAUACCUUUAAGAAAAAGUUUUUCUUCAUGCCCUGGACACCAGCCUGGACACCUUGCCUACUUGCUUGGGCUCUGGACCGAAAUCACAGGGCAUUGCCCUAGGGAUGGGUUGGAGAGGCGCAAGAACGGAAGAAGCAAGGAACAGGGGUCAGAAGCUGAAGAGAUAGAAGUUUGCUGGUUCUUGCUUCUGAUGCCUUCCCGACCAUCAUUGUGCAAAUGCCAAAGGCAAGCACGCGCACACAAGCGUGGGGACGGGGGCAGGAGGGCCCAGGUUCUGUCAGGAGUCAAGGUGAGGACCAGAGGGAGGAAUGAAGGACCCUGGACCCAGUAGGGAAUCAGUCCUGGGAGGCCUCUGGGUGAGACAACGGUGACAUGAGGUGUGUCCUGAAUUCUGCACUGUGUCCCAGACACACUGAGCGCUUGUUGUGAGGAGUGGCCCUCAGGAGCAGGGAUGAGGGCACCAGCCAUCCAGGGAGUCCAGAUGGGGAACAGAGGGUAGGGCUAAGGGACCCGAAGGAUCCAUCUCGGGGAAUCCCUGGACUGUGUAGCCUGACGCGACGUCCACAGUCUUUGCCCGUGGCUCUCAUGGCAGUGAGGGCUUUGGUCUGCGGGAACAGGCCUGGAGACAGCAGAGACCGCAUCAUCAGCGGUGCUGCGGCUCAUGCUGAGAUCCCUGAGGGAGGGCUCAGGGAGGGACCUGGACUCCAGAACAGGGACAACGCACUGAAGCCUGCCCCUGCUGUCCGCCCUGGGAGGCCUGUUUGUGCCAAGUCCACAGGCGGUGUGUCAGGAUGUCCGCAUCCUGGUCUGACAGAGGCUGGGGGCCUGCUUUAAAAAACCGGGGGUCAGGACCUAAUGGAGGAAGACCCAGGCCUGGCCCAGGGCCUGGUGGAAGCACAGCUGUCGGGGGCUGGGGAAGAGGAGGUCCCAGCAGCUUAGAUGAGGAGGGUUCAAGCACCUGGGAGGAGCCGGAAGUCACGCAAACCUCUCUCCAGGACAAACUCCACGUGAAAGUGGCUGCCCUGGUGGAGUUCCUGCUCCUCAAAUACCGCAACAAGCAGCUGACCCGCCAGGCAGAGAUGCUCGAGAUCGUCAGCAAAGAUUACCAGGACUACUUCCCAGUGAUCUUGGGCCAAGCCUCCGAGUGCAUGCGGCUGGUCUUUCUCAUGGCCGUGAAGAAAAUGGACCGUAGUGACCACUCCUACAACCUGGUCAAUGUCCUGGGUCUCAUCUGUGAUGGGAUGCUGAGCGGUGAGCAUGGCAUGCCCAAGACCGGCCUCCUGGUUUUGGUCCUGGGGGUGAGCCCCCUGCAUGGUGACCGUGCCCCCGAGGAGGAGGUGUGGGAAACGCUGGGGGUCAUGGGGGUGUAUGCCGGUCAGGAGCACAUCGUCUAUGGGGAGCCCAGGGAGCUCUCACCAAAGUCUGAGUGCAGGAAGGUUACCUGGAGUACCGGCAGGUGCCUGGCAGUGACCCUGACCGCUACGAGUUCCCGUGGGGUCCCAGGGCCCAUGCUGAACCAGCAAGGUUCAAGUGCUGGAGUAUGUGCUCCGGGUCAGGCACGGGCAGCUGCCUUCCUCCCUGGCCCUGUCUGAAGGAGCUGUGAGAGAUGAGGGAGAGGAGGCCUGAGUUCCAGUGGCAGCCAGGCCCUUU